ACCAUGUUCUCUUUCAAACACGCGUUCAUGUGCUCAAAAAUAGACAGACACCAAUACCAACGGAACGUGGCCAUUACCUCUACCUUUUCUUUCCCGCUACCCAGCGUAACCACAUUUUCUAUUUCUAUUUCUUUUUCUUUUCAACUCCACCACCAUACUCUUAUUUAUUACAUUUCCACCCCCAUUUCCACCGGGAAACGUGCGUCUCACGUGUCUGACAUCCACUUUCGCCGCCGGAGAUUUCAACAUUCAUGGUGGAAACAAUGCUGUAAACGUCGGUAACGACGAUCUCUGUGAUAGUGAGAGCGUUUGCGCUUCGCAUUCUUCAACAUUCAACGCUCCCUAUCACACUUUUUCCUUCCUCUCUGCAAAUCUUCCACAAUGCCGAAUAAAUCUGAAUACGCUGUCUUCCUUCACGGCAAUCUCGACGUGAAGGUCAUGGAAGCUCGGUUUCUUCCCAACAUGGACAUGCUCUCGGAGCGUGUUCGGAGAAUCUUCUCCGCUCUCAACUCCUGCAGCGCUUCCAUGGCGGGAAAGGGAAACCACAGCCAUCCACGUCACCGCCACCAUAAGAUCAUCACCAGCGACCCUUACGUCACCGUCUGCCUCGCCGGCGCCACGGUGGCGCGAACCCGCGUCAUCCCGAAUUCCCAGAGCCCAACGUGGAACGAGCAUUUCAAUAUUCCUCUGGCUCACCCUGUCACGCAGAUUGAGUUCUAUGUUAAGGAUAAUGACAUGUUCGGCGCGGAUUUGAUCGGAAUCGCAACCGUCUCCGCCGCGAGGAUCUUGUCCGGGGAAGUAAUCAGCGAUUGGUUUCCGAUUAUAGGAACGUUCGGGAAGCCUCCGAAACCCGAUUGCGCGGUUAGGCUGGAGUUGAAAUUCACCAGAUGUGAAGAUAGUCCUCUGUUCCGGUCCGGCGUUGACCCGGAUCCGGACCGGUUUGUUGUGCGGGAUUCGUAUUUUCCGGUUCGGCGUGGAGGGUCGGUGACGCUGUAUCAGGACGCGCACGUGCCGGAGGCGAUGUUGCCGGAGAUUGAGUUGGAAGAUGGGGUGGAGUUUCAGCAAGGGAAGUGCUGGGAAGAUAUCUGUCAUGCCAUUUUGGAAGCUCAUCAUUUGGUGUAUAUUGUGGGUUGGUCUAUCUUUCAUAAGGUGAAGCUUGUUAGAGAACCUAGCAAGCCUUUACCUAGUGGUGGGAAUUUGAACCUGGGGGAGUUGCUCAAGUAUAAGUCACAAGAAGGUUUGAGAGUUUUGCUUUUGGUUUGGGAUGAUAAGACUUCUCACAGCAAAUUUUUCAUUAACACGCCGGGAUUGAUGCAAACUCACGAUGAAGAAACUCGAAAGUUUUUCAAGCAUUCUUCAGUUACAUGUGUGCUGUCACCUCGAUAUGCCAGCAGUAAGCUUAGCAUUUUCAAGCAGCAGGUUGUUGGAACGCUUUUUACGCAUCAUCAGAAAUGUGUGAUUGUUGAUACUCAGGCAAAUGGCAACAAUCGGAAGAUUACUGCAUUUAUAGGUGGUCUAGAUCUUUGUGAUGGCCGGUAUGAUACGCCUGAGCAUAGAAUUUUCCGAGAUCUUGACACUGUUUUUCAGGAUGAUUAUCAUAAUCCCACAUUUUCUGCAGGAACCAAGGGUCCAAGACAACCAUGGCAUGAUUUACAUUGCAGAAUUGAAGGCCCUGCUGCAUAUGAUAUACUCACUAAUUUUGAGCAGCGCUGGAGAAAAGCCACAAAAUGGCAUGAGUUGAGUCAAAAAUUCAAGAGAGUAUCUCACUGGCAUGAUGAUUCUUUGAUUAAGUUAGAUCGCAUCUCUUGGAUUCUUAGUCCCUCUGAAUCAAUUGCAAAGGAUGGUCCUGAAUUAUGGGUUUCAGAGGAGGAUGACCCCGAAAAUUGGCAUGUUCAGGUUUUCCGAUCCAUAGAUUCUGGCUCUUUGAAAGGAUUUCCUAAGGAUGUACUUGAAGCUGAGGCUCAGAAUCUUGUUUGUGCGAAAAAUUUGGUCGUAGACAAGAGUAUUCAAACAGCGUACAUACAUGCCAUCAGAUCUGCUCAGCAUUUUAUUUAUAUUGAGAAUCAAUAUUUCAUUGGUUCAUCCUUUGCUUGGCCAUCUUACAAAGAUACAGGUGCUGAUAACUUAAUUCCUAUUGAGCUGGCACUGAAGAUAGUUAGCAAGAUAAGAUCCAAGGAGAGAUUUACAGUUUACAUUGUCAUCCCAAUGUGGCCUGAAGGUGCCCCUUCUUCCGCCGCUGUGCAAGAGAUUCUCUUUUGGCAGGGACAAACUAUGCAAAUGAUGUACGAAAUCAUAGCUCGGGAGUUAAAAUCUAUGCACCUUUACAACAGCCAUCCGCAAGAUUACCUCAAUUUUUACUGUCUUGGAAACAGAGAGAAAUUGAUAACUGAAGUUUCAAGCUCAUAUAGUUCCCCUUCAGAAAACGUCGACACGGUUUCAGCUUCACAAAAGUUCCAAAGGUUUAUGAUUUAUGUACAUGCCAAGGGAAUGGUUGUGGAUGAUGAAUAUGUGAUAGUUGGGUCUGCCAAUAUCAACCAAAGAUCUUUGGCUGGUUCAAGAGAUACUGAGAUAGCAAUGGGUGCAUAUCAACCCCACCAUACGUGGAGUAAGAAAAAGGGACAUCCACAUGGUCAGGUAUAUGGGUAUAGAAUGUCCUUGUGGGCAGAACACAUGGGGUUGAUACAUCCUUGCUUCAAAGAGCCUGAAAGUUUGGACUGCGUAAAGAGUGUGAACAAGAUUGCUGAAGACAACUGGAAGAGGUACACAGCUGAUGAAUUUUACCCACUGCAAGGGCACCUUUUGAAGUACCCUGUGAAUGUAGAUGCCAAUGGGAAGGUAAGCUCCAUACCUAGAUUUGAGUCUUUCCCAGAUGUUGGUGGCAAGGUCCUUGGCUCCAGGUCUACCCUUCCUGAUGCUCUAACAACAUAAGCAUCACCUCUUGGUGAGAGUUUGGUUUCACGAUUCACACAUAAUCUUAAGUGUGUUACUCAGAAGCUAAGACUCAUACAUUCUAAGCAAAAGUGAUUCUACAGCAUCUCAUCGUGACACCAAGUAUGCUACUAAUUUAUUCGGGAAAAUAAGACCUUAUCUCAGAGAGUAGAGAAUUGGAUUACAGAACAGGCGAAAAGUUAGAGGGGUCUCCUUGCCCCUGAUUUUUUUUGAAUUAUCUAAGUUAUCAUAUGGUAAUUACUAAUUUGAGGAUUGCAAGCCAGUGCCACGGCCACACUGUAUAUUUGUAUUGAUUCUUUUCUGCAUAUAGGACAGAUGCCUAAUAAACCAUUAUUUCUUAAUUCAGUCACGCACCACUACAGACAGACAUUGAUUUCAAGGAUUCGUUCAUCAUUGUUCCAGUGAUAACAUUUCACUGGGAAAAAAAUUGUAUUCCUAUAAUAAAGUUUGAGAGUAAAUAUUGAUCCUUCAACAUUAUCGUUACCAAA